GAUGGUGCCCGCAAGAAUCCACACGGGCACUUGGCAGACGGCGCCACGAGCAAGCGGCGCACGCACGCGCGUCGGCACGCAAGCGAACCAGCGUAGCCCACGGUUUGUACCGCCGGUAAACGUACUACUUUGCCCCUACGGCCGUACCCUUGAAUUCUCUUCUCGCAGUCACGCACCCACAAAAGCUGCACAGAAUCCCUUGCAAGCGACGCGUUGCAAGUACCCUCACCCCUCACCUCGUGACAUAGAAGGGUCCGCCGGCGGUGACAGGCUGACCAGCGCAGCACGCCAUGGACGGUGACCGGAGCGAGGUGCAGCGGCUGUACGACGCCGUGUUCUCGCUCUCGCCGCGGAGGGGAGGGGGAGGGGGAGGGGGAGGGCUCCCGACGCUCACGCACAUCAGGUGGCUGCAGGACAUCCUCGACGGGAUGAAGGCGGCCGACGUCGGGAUCGACGCCGGCGCCGGAGAUGGCGAGAGGUCGUCCUCCUCCUCCGCCUUUUCCUCUUCGGACGACGAGAGGAGCCCGCGGGGGCGGCGGUUUAUCCCGGCGCCGGCGUUGUUCACGCGGAUCACCUACGUGCACAUCCACGAGUGCGACGAUUUCUCGAUAGGCGUGUUCUGCUUCCCGGCGGGCGCGACGCUGCCGCUGCACGACCACCCGCAGAUGGUGGUGCUGAGCAAGCUGCUCUACGGCUCCAUGCGCGUCAGCUCUUACGACUGGGUCACCGCGCCGUGCUCCGGCGGCCCAACAAAGGGCGGUUUAGCCAAGGUGGUGGCGGUGGACGAGCUCCGGGAGGCGCCGUGCAAGGCGUCGGUGCUGUUCCCCCGGAGCGGCGGCAACAUCCACACCCUCACUGCCGUCACGCCGUGCGCUCUCCUCGACGUGCUCGCGCCGCCGUACGCGGAGGACCUUGGGCGCCCGUCCACCUACAUUUCCGACACCCCUAUUCCUUCUCUUCCAGGUUUUGCAGUACUGGAAGAGGCACGCCUGCCAGAGGAUUUUCGUGUUGUAGGUGCCCCAUACGUAGGGCCCGAGCUCGUGGUAGAUAUGGACCUGUAUGAUGACGACUAGAUAGCUAUAUAUAGCUCACUGUUUUCUGAAGUGCCAAAGUGCAAGUUUGUCUGUCUCUCGAGAACACAUUGUGUGUCAUGUCUUUUGCUUGUAAAUACAUUUGCACUCCGCAUUUCAUGCUGA